UUUCCACCGGCAUCAUUUUCGCCUCGCGGGGAGACAGUUGGUGAAUUGUCACCAACGGCUGCGAUAAAUUUCAACAUUUUACACCGAAAAAAUUAUAACGAGCUGUUUUUAAUCUCCCUUUGAAUGAGGGUGAAGCUUUUUGUCGAGGCGUUUAAUGACUCGUUACCUUGUCUGUUUAACUCGUGUUAAAUCCUCUCAAAGAUACCAGUUUACAGGACACUCUUUUAGCAGCUAACGGAUUUUUCACAUUACAGUUUUAUCUAACGGUAGCUUACAGGCGACAUUUUAAGGCGGUUGCUCGAUUUUUUUUUCUUUUUAAUUCACUUUCGUCUUCUGGUCUUAAAAUUCAGAUAUUCUGGUUGAAUCAAGUCUGAGAUCUGUGGAGGAGAACCGACUGACAGCGCAACAAUGGGGUAUGGACGGUCAGACAGCUACCGGGUGGCCACCACACAGGACACGGUUGAGAAGGAGGCGCAUAAGAAGAAGGGAGGCAAGGACCUGGAUGAUCUGAAGAAAGAAGUACCCAUCACAGAACAUAAAAUGUCCGUUGAGGAGAUUUGCCGGAAAUACAACACUGAUAUGGUUCAGGGUUUGACCAAUGCCAGGGCAGCAGAGUACCUGGCCAGGGAUGGACCCAAUGCCCUGACUCCACCCCCUACCACUCCAGAGUGGGUCAAGUUCUGCCGUCAGCUGUUUGGUGGCUUCUCCAUCUUGCUGUGGCUCGGUGCCAUCCUCUGCUUCCUGGCCUAUGCCAUCCAGGCUGUGUCAGAGGAUGAUCCACCUGGGGAUAAUUUAUAUCUGGGUAUCGUGCUUUCGGCUGUUGUCAUCAUCACUGGCUGCUUCUCCUAUUUUCAGGAAGCUAAGAGCUCCAAGAUCAUGGAGUCCUUCAAGAACUUGGUUCCUCAGCAAGCCUUAGUGAUCCGAGAGGGAGAGAAGAUGCAGAUCGAUGCCGAGCAGGUGGUGGCAGGAGAUCUGGUGGAAGUGAAGGGAGGCGACCGGAUCCCCGCUGACCUCCGCAUCGUCUCCUCCCAUGGCUGCAAGGUUGACAACUCAUCCCUGACUGGAGAAUCGGAGCCCCAGACCAGGUCACCUGAGUGUACCCAUGACAAUCCCCUGGAAACCCGAAACAUUGCCUUUUUCUCCACCAAUUGUGUUGAGGGAACUGCUCGUGGAAUCGUCGUGUGCACUGGUGAUCGUACAGUGAUGGGUCGCAUCGCCACUCUCACCUCAGGCCUGGAGACCGGCAAGACACCCAUUGCGAGGGAGAUUGAGCACUUCAUCCAUAUCAUCACUGGCGUGGCCGUCUUUCUUGGCAUGACCUUCUUCGUCCUUUCGCUAGUCCUGGGCUACUCCUGGCUAGAGGCCGUCAUCUUCCUCAUCGGCAUCAUCGUCGCUAAUGUCCCUGAAGGACUUCUGGCUACUGUCACCGUGUGUUUGACUCUGACUGCGAAGCGAAUGGCCCGUAAGAACUGCCUGGUGAAGAACCUGGAGGCUGUGGAAACUCUAGGUUCCACCUCCACCAUCUGCUCUGACAAGACCGGCACCCUGACCCAGAACCGGAUGACCGUGGCCCACAUGUGGUUCGACAAUCAGAUCCACGAGGCUGACACGACUGAAGACCAGUCUGGUUCCUCUUUUGACAAAAGUUCAGUAACAUGGGGAUCUCUGGCUCGCGUUGCUGGACUGUGCAACCGUGCUGUGUUCAAGGCCGGCCAGGAAUCUCUGCCCAUCCUGAAACGUGAUGUAGCCGGCGACGCCUCUGAGUCAGCUCUGCUCAAGUGCAUCGAGUUAUCCUGCGGCAGCGUCAAAGGCAUGAGGGAGAAGCACAAGAAGGUGGCUGAGAUCCCCUUCAACUCCACCAACAAAUAUCAGCUUUCAGUUCAUGAAACUAUGGAAGGAAAUGUAAGUCCGUACCUGCUGGUGAUGAAGGGAGCCCCUGAAAGGAUCCUGGAUCGCUGCUCCACCAUCAUGAUCCAGGGCAAAGAGCAGCCAAUGGACGAAGAGAUGAAGGAGGCUUUCCAGAACGCCUACAUGGAACUGGGAGGACUGGGGGAGAGAGUACUGGGUUUUUGCCACCUGUUCAUGCCGAAAGACAAGUAUCCCAAAGGUUUUUCCUUCGACGCAGAUGAUGUCAACUUCCAAACAGACAAGCUUUGUUUUGUGGGCCUCAUGUCUAUGAUUGAUCCUCCUCGCGCCGCCGUCCCUGAUGCUGUGGGAAAAUGUCGCUCCGCUGGCAUCAAGGUUAUCAUGGUGACUGGUGACCAUCCAAUCACAGCCAAAGCCAUUGCUAAGGGAGUCGGGAUCAUUUCUGAGGGCAAUGAAACGGUGGAAGACAUCGCUGCUCGUCUCAACAUUCCUGUCAGCCAAGUUAACCCCAGUGAUGCCAAGGCCUGCGUGGUCCACGGCUCAGAUCUCAAAGAGCUGAGUCAGAACCAGAUAGACGACAUUUUGAAGAACCACACAGAGAUAGUCUUUGCUAGAACUUCCCCACAGCAGAAGCUCAUUAUUGUCGAAGGUUGCCAGCGACAGGGAGCCAUCGUGGCUGUGACAGGCGACGGCGUGAAUGAUUCGCCCGCCCUGAAGAAGGCAGACAUCGGCGUUGCCAUGGGGAUUUCUGGCUCUGAUGUGUCCAAACAAGCAGCAGACAUGAUCCUGCUGGACGACAACUUUGCUUCCAUUGUGACUGGCGUGGAAGAAGGACGCCUGAUUUUUGACAACCUGAAGAAGUCCAUCGCUUACACCCUGACCAGCAACAUCCCAGAGAUCACCCCAUUCCUGUUCUUCAUCAUGAUCAACAUCCCACUGCCACUGGGUACCAUCACCAUCCUCUGCAUCGACCUGGGAACCGACAUGGUUCCUGCUAUUUCUCUGGCCUAUGAAGCAGCAGAAAGUGACAUCAUGAAGCGCCAGCCAAGGAACCCGAAGAGGGACAAACUGGUCAACGAGAGGCUAAUCAGUAUCUCAUAUGGACAGAUUGGCAUGAUCCAAGCUCUUGGUGGCUUCUUUGCCUAUUUUGUUAUCAUGGCUGAAAAUGGUUUCCUGCCGUCUUACCUUGUGGGUAUCCGGCUGAACUGGGACGAUCGCUCCAACAACGACCUGGAGGACAGCUACGGCCAGCAAUGGACGUAUGAGCAGCGGAAGAUCGUAGAGUUCACCUGCCACACAGCAUUCUUCGUCAGCAUCGUGGUGGUGCAGUGGGCCGACGUCAUCAUCUGCAAGACCAGACGCAACUCCGUCUUCCAGCAGGGAAUGAAGAAUAAGAUCCUGAUCUUUGGGUUGUUUGAAGAAACGGCUCUGGCUGCGUUCCUGUCCUACUGCCCCGGGUUGGACGUGGGGCUCCGGAUGUACCCACUCAAGCUCACCUGGUGGUUCUGUGCGUUUCCGUACAGUUUCCUCAUCUUUGUUUACGACGAAAUCCGAAAACUCAUCAUUCGCCGAGACCCUGGAGGCUGGGUGGAAAGAGAGACUUACUAUUAAAUCAUCAAAGCAUCCUUUCCUUGUAGCCCAUCCUUCCCUAAACUCGCCCCUGCCUCUGUCCUUGCCUUCCCUCCUCCAUCCACUCAUCUGUUGCUUCUUUCAUUUUCUCUAAAAUACAAAAGAAAAUGAUGUUUACUCAUCCUUCCAUCUUUUCUUCAUUCCCCCAUGUUCAUUUCUAAACUAAAAACACAACUGCCAAGACAACGAGAGGACCAACAGCAGCAGGGUUGAGGAUAGGGGAGGCGCGGCCUUGUUACAGCCCCUCCCCAUCCUCUCCGUCGCUCUGUCCUUUUUUCUAUCCAAAGUCUGUACAGCACUAAUCUGCCAGAGCCACAGUUUGUGCCGACAUUGUUCCUCCACUGCCGGCUUCAGCCGCUCAUCGUUAGCGCGCUCGAUAUUCCGCCGCUGCUCGGUGCUCCGCAAACAUCUCGAUCCACGGGUUUAAAAAACCCGACUGUUCCUCCGCAAACCCAAGGCAGCUCCCGCGCCCGUCUCCGGAGCGGACGUCCCGUCUCUGUCCACCUCCUGGAGUCGAACGGCCCAGAUCCAACUGCGUAAUCACUGCCAUCCCUCCUGUCCUCCUCCUUGUCCUCCUCUUUACUCACUGCCGUCCUCCUCUUCUCACCAGUGAGCCGAGCGCUCACCGACGCCCCCGGCAGGGUGGAAGAAAGGCUCCACUCCCUCCUCCUCCCAUCCUUGUAUUCUUCUCUGUUAAUCGUUUUCUAAUAGAUGACUGUGUGUGUUUUAAAAACUCAAUUGUUUGUAAAAGCUUUGUGUUUCUUUUUCUGUUUAAGUUCAGAGUGGGUCUGAGAGAUGCUUGUUUUCAUUCGGGCAUGACAAAGCACACCGUCCCUCCUUAUCCUUCUUCUGACCCUCCUCUCCAUCCCUCCUGUCGAUCUGUCCCAGUUUCUGUCUGUUUGUGAACACUGUGGAAACCCGCCGUCCCUCCUAAACUCCUGACCAGAUCUCACUCCUGUUCUCUUCCCCUUUAAAAAAAAUAAAGAAAACAAUCUUUCUGUGUCCUAGAAAAGAGAUUUCUCUCCAGUUUCAUUCUUUAAAUCUUUGGAAAAUGUGGAAUAAGGGCCUGUACCUUAGCUCCUGAUACAGCAGCAGAUAAAAAAAGAGAAGUCAAUGAAAUAAAAACAGAAGGAUCUCACUUGUUCAGCUUAAUCUCCAGUUUGUUUUUGUGUGGAGUUAUGUCAAAAAAUGGGAAUAAAUUCUGUGACCAACUCUUA